UUUCCUCCUAUUUAUCCUCCCCCCGGAGCUAAUUAUCAUCAUUUUCAGUUAAAAUGGUCGUGUUUUCUUGUGGCCUACGUCUGUGUCUCGUUAAUAUAUGAGCAGUUGGAGUAGUUUUGGUGGAAAUUACAUGUUUUUCUCAAGUUUAAGAUGUGGGCCCCAAUACACAUGCGCAAGAUAUUUGUGGGAGGCAUUGACUACACCACAACAGACGAGAGCCUAAAGGAACACUUCUCAACAUGGGGAGAGGUUGUCGAUGCUGUCGUCAUGAAGGACCCGACCAACAACAGGUCUCGAGGAUUUGGAUUUGUUACCUUUAUGAACCCUGACCAUGUGGAUGCAGUGCAACGAGCAAGGCCACACAAGGUUGAUGGGCGCUUGGUGGAAACGAAACGUGCUGUACCACGAAGUGACACAAACCCGACCUUCCUCCCAACUGCCAACCAUCCUGAUGCAACUCAUACAAGGAUAUUUAUUGGAGGUCUUCCCCAGGACGUAAAGGAGGAUGACUUGGAAUCUUAUUUUGCCCACUUUGGUAGAGUUACUUGCGUCAACAUAAUGUACGACAAGACUAGCGGCCGGCAUCGAGGUUUUGCUUUUGUUGACUUUAACGACUAUGAUCCGGUUGAUAAAGUUCUAUUAACUCGAAAUCACUCUAUCAAAAGUCGGCCAAUAGACGUAAAGAAAGCAAUUAGCAAGUCCGAUAUCACCAAAAUCAAGAGCUUGAUGUCUGGGGUUGUUGGCAAUGCCGAGGCAAGUUUUCUCGCCAGUUUAGGGGGGGGCAGCUCUAAUGACGGCACUCCUGCUACCACUCCUUUGCCACCUCCCAUAGGAACGCUAGCAGCACUUCCAGGACCUUCUGGCACUGCUGCAAUUAAUGGUGCUGCUUUGGGGCGCGUUGCAGCUGCCAAUUUGAAUAAUGUGGUAACAACCUCUGCGGGCAACCCAGCCCUCACGAAUGCCGGGAUCAUAACACCUGUGGCACCGCUUACUCACCCAUUCUUUCCUCGCCUACCAUUAGCAGGCCUGCCUGGGUUCUCUGCUCAGCUGCGAUCGGGCUGGCAGUAUAGUGUGUCUGGGAAUGCUGAAGUGCUACGGAAUACAGCUGGAGCAGUAAGUUCUAGGCCCUCCGGAGCACCUGUACUUGCUGCAACAGCCCCAGCAACUGCUGCGGGAUCUGGAUUAAUUCCUGGGGCAGAGAGUGAUGGGGAUUCGGAUGGUACGGCGGAGGACCAGGUGAUGGACACGGAAGAUGGGAGUGAAGCAUGGGGGGGCGCAGGGGUCGAAGAUGCUUGUCCUCCUAAUGCUCAACUUCUUAUUAUUGAGCCUUUCUACGGGGGCUCUCACAAGCAGCUUAUUACUUGUCUUAGAAAUGAUGACUCGGUAAUUGGGAGUGAGGAUGCGGCUCUAUUUACCCUCCCCAGCAAAAAGUGGCACUGGAGGGCUCGCACUGCUGCACUCUACUUCCACCAAAAGAUUCCUCAAACUCAUGAAUUCAAGACUCUGUUUGCUUCGUCAACUCUUAACCUUUGCGAGCUGAUUGGCCUUCGUCCUGACUUGGGAAAAUUGCGGAAGAUUCUAUACUUUCACGAAAAUCAACUCGUUUAUCCUGUCCGCAAGCAGAAAGACCGGGACUUUCAAUACGGCUACAACCAAAUAUUAUCCUGCUUGGUGGCAGAUGUUAUAGUGUUCAACUCUCAGUACAACUUCGAAUCUUUCCUGCGUGAGCUUCCACGCCAUCUCAAGCUGCAGCCUGACCACAGGGCUGAUGCCCAAGUCAUCGCCCAGAGCAUCAGGGAGAAGAGUCAGGUGAUAUACUUCCCCGUGACUAUCUCCCACAAAACCCGAUGUCCAAAAGAUGCCCUGGAACCUCUCCACAUUAUCUGGCCACACCGCUGGGAACAUGACAAGGAUCCAGCAACCCUGUUCCAAGUUCUCUUCCAGCUAGCUGAGGCAGGACUGAAUUUUCGCAUCAGCAUCUUGGGUCAGUCCUAUACAGAGAACCCGCCAGUGUUUGCUGAAGCACGUCAGCGGCUCUCAAAUUUCAUCACGCAUUGGGGUUAUGCAGAAAAUAAGGAAAAAUACUGGGAAGUGUUACACUCUGGAGACGUUGUGGUGUCAACAGCUCACCACGAGUUUUUUGGUGUGGCUAUGCUAGAAGCUGUUGGAGCAGGCUGCUUUCCAAUAUGUCCUAACAGACUGGUUUACCCGGAAAUAUUCCCACAGGAAUGUCUGUACAACACAACGCAGCAACUGCAGAAGAGCCUGGCCCAGUGGUGUUCCCGUCCUCAGUUGGUGCGCUCCAAAAAGGUCAAUCUGGACCUCAAUACAUUCUCUUGGGCCGCACUGAAGCAGCGUUAUGUUGAUCUGCUCUCGUAAAGGAUGGCAAAGAUCGCUCAAAGCUCGCUGCUAAACUUCCGGUGUCGUGCCACCUGUGCCAGAUAAAUGGCUUAGGAGCCUUUGUUAAUGUAGAAAAGUUAAUGCUGGUUCUUGAUAUGUAGAAAAGAAUAGUAGGAUAACCCUGUAUUGAAUUUUACUAAGGUGUUGAACAAUGGCAUCAAUACCACAGAAACAUUUAAUGAUCCAAUUAUUUACCUGGAAGUCCCUAACAACUGCUGAAGAGUCAUCUUGUGCUGAAUUAUAUGUCUUUGAUUCAUGCUUUUGUUUAUAGUCAACCAGUAUGUGUUACAUUUUGUCUCUCCAGACUGACUUCUCAGUGUAAAAUUUGAUUAUUUGGUUUAACAGUUUAUUAAGAGUUGACUACUUAACAUCAUAGGAUGCUGUAAAUUGUGUCAUUUUAUAUUAUUUAACAUUAUGACCUGACAUUAUAACAUUAUGAAGUAAUUACUACAAGAUUAGUCACCCAAUAGAUGCUAAUGAGAGAAUUGUUAGACAUAGCCAAGAGGAUAUAUACCUUGUAUCAACAUUUUCAUAAUUCCAGUACUUGCCACUUCACAUAUAUUUUCCCAGGCACAGUUUAUAGUAGAAAAGGCUUUAUUUAUUGAUUCUAAUUUUUAUAUUUAUUAAUAAUGUGUUCUUAAUCAGUUUUUAAGAGCAUUUCUGUUAAUGUGAGUGAAUUAUUAUCACUGCCAAUAUUUCUUGAGUCAUAUCCACCAAAUGUGUAGCAAUGGGGUGGAUUACAUUGUUCUUAUUGCAGUAGUUGUGAUCAUCUGAGUUCAGUGUUUGUAUUUGAUAGUUGAGCAGAGGAGCUAAAUCAUCCAAACCUCAGGUGAAACUUUAUUAUCUUAGUCUCAGGCAAAGCUAAAUUAUCUAAGCUCAGGUUAAACUAAAUGAUAAAAGUCCUAGUAAAGGUCACUUAUACAACCCUCAGGUGCAACUAAAUUAUUAAACAAAAGAUUCGAAGGAGAGUUUUUCUAGCUUUGUUGAUUAAUUUUCUGGGGGGGAGCCCCGUCGGCUCCCCGAAGCUAUACAGGCUGUUAUGCAAAUGUCAGACUUUGGCAUCAGUCAUGU